AUGAUCAGGAUUAAUGCUUAUGAUAGUUGUCUCCAGAAUCUGCUUUCUCUGCUUCUAAAGUUGUGCACUUUGAAACCCCUGAUUGUCAUUGCCUUUUUCAAGAACCAUGGUUUCUCAGAACCCCAAAUCACAAUCCUCAUCAGGGGUAGGCCAAGAGUGCUAUCAUCUGAUGUCAAGAAUGCUCUUUUCCCCAAAAUUGAGCUUUUCAAGUCUAAAGGAGUUUCAAGCCCUGACCUUGCCAAAAUCUUAGGUAAUCAUCCAACUAUUUUAAGUAGAAGCUUAGAGAAUCAUAUAAUCCCUACUUUUAAUUGCCUUGGAAAUCUUCUUAUGUCUGAUGAGGCGGUUAUUAAAGCUAUAAAACGCUUUCCUCGUAUUGUGACUUAUGAUCUUGAUAAUUAUGUGUUACCCAGUAUUGAUAUACUGAGGAAUUAUGGAGUGCCUGAAUCCAAUAUUAUCAAAGUACUUCAUUCAAUGUCUAAAAUACUCUUGAAAAGGUCAGUUGAGUUUAAGGAAAAUUUGGAAAAAGUGAGGGAAAUGGGUUUCAAUCCAAUGAUGAUGUAAUUUGUAAUCGCUGU